AUGUCUAAUACAGAAAGUGACAGCGAUGUAGAAGAAGACGAAGUAACAUAUGAUCCCGACUACGAAGAUCGCGAGUUUAGUCAACUAGUAUGGUUUUGCUCAGAAGCAACUGAGGACGAUGUGUUUGAUCGAUUUUCCAUAUACUCGUUUAAACCAGACGUCGACUAUGUCGAAUUAUUCGAAGAUAUGGAGAAAUGCCGGCAGCAUCUAUACGACACUCAGCAGAGUAUCAAGACGACAUUUUUAAUUUGUUCACGUCAGCACAAAGAAUUUGUUUCUCUUGUUCAUCAAUUACCUCACAUUUCAAAAAUAUACAUUCACGAUCCAAACGAGGAGAAUGAUCACACUUGGAUGUUAGAAUAUCCGAAGGUACAUCCCAUUGUCUAUAAAAAAUUCAAGCAGAUAGAUAAAGUCUUGGCCAAAGAGUUGAGUGUUCCCUCUAAAGGUAAAAUUCAUUCAAUUUUUACUGUCGGAUCCAACCAGAGUGAAGUCAAAGGCCAUCCAACUGCCUCAUCAUGGCCAAAAUUUAUUAAUUUUCUUCUUCAAAUUCCGUAUCCUAAAACCAUAUGUCGCCUGCGAUUGGUUACCAAACUUAAAGCCUAUUACCAGAAAAGUUCGGCAAACAUGGAUAUGUUAAAUAAGUUUCAAGAUACGUAUACACCUGAUCAAGCUAUUCAGUGGUACACGCGCAAUUCAUUUCUUUAUCGACUUCUUAAUCAAUCACUGCGUCAAAAAAAUGCCGGUCUAGCAUUUCUAUUUGGAUUCUACAUUCAAGAUCUUUAUCGAGAACUCGAAAAGAAACAUGAAAAAUUCAUUCGCGAAGAACCGAGAAUAUCAACACUUUAUCGUGGACAAAUUAUGAACAGACAUGAGGUUGAGCAAUUUCGAGAAACAUCAUUUCCCUACAUAUCGAUCAAUAGUUUUUUUUCAACAGCACGAGAUCGAACACCAGCAACAUUCUUCCUAGGUCCAUCACGGCCUGAAGAUAAACUUCAAAGUGUUCUGUUUGAAAUUGAACUCGAUACGCAAAUGAAAUCUCGUCCAUACGGUGAUCUUUCAUCUGAAACAUACAUGUAG